AUGACAGUGGAGGAUAUUCAUGACCCACUCACGAUAAACCUCAAGAAGCAGACAGCUCGUUUACGCGAACGAAUUUUAUUUGACCAACCUUCCAGCCCCACGGAGCUGUUGCACAUAUUAUCUCGUCUGCUUUAUACUCCUGAAUAUACCACCACUGUAGCAGACAUAUUCCGACCGCUGCUACUUGAUUUGUGCGCAAGGUGGCUCCUCGACGAUGGCAACUCCGAAGACAAGUUUGAAGCGUUGUGUCUAUUGUUGGAGGCACACCCGGAGCUGUAUCCAGUAUUUUCCGUAUUUCUUCGUCGAAAUAGUCUUGUAGAUGGACCCUUGGUAUUCGUCGCUCAGUCAGAGGAUGUCGCGUCGCUCGACGCGCAUAUGCUGCAUCGUAUACUCCUUGGAUAUUACCGCAUCCUACGAGCAAAUAGAGACCUUCCACGAAGCCUCUUAUGGUCACUAUCUCCCCUUUCUAAACUUAUCUGGACGCCCCACCCGGACACAGGUGUUCGGUUUCUUGCAAUUCAGUGCUACGCCGUGCAGUCCGGCAUGAUGGAGGGUGAGCGUGUCAAGUUGGAACAGGAGGUCAUUGGCAGUGUCUCCGAAGUGGACUGUCCUAUCGGAUAUGGGAAGAGCAUCGACGGUUCACCGAGAGCAAUAGAUGGUUGGCUGUUGCCCGUGUACGAGACCAAAAGGGUGGCAGACGCAAGGAAUGCCCACCUACAGCAGCAAGAUUAUUUUUCACUAAAUGAAAACGACUCACAAGUGCCUAUUCAUCCCGCCGAGUUGAGUCCUCUCACCGUAAAUGUCCACGGAAUCCUCAUGCUCCGUUCAUCUGCUCCUACCACUCAGCAAAUGACACUAAUUGAAACACCGACAGCCUCACAAGCAUUGCGUAGGCUGGCCGUGCACCAUUCUCUCCGCGUUCCGACUUUGCUUACUUCUGCUCCUUCUGCGGGAAAAUCACUCCUCUUGUCACACAUCGCUGCGCUGCUCCGCCCUGAAGUCCUUAAUCCCAUUGUGGUGAUUCAGCUUGCUGAUACGUCUCUUGAUGCGCGCUCGCUGCUGGGUUCCUACGUCUCUUCUCCAACUCGCCCCGGCACUUUCGAAUGGAAAGAAGGCGUACUGGUGCGUGUGAUGCGCCAAGGCAAGUGGGUCGUCUUUGAAGAUAUUGAUCGCGCAUCGCUGGAAGUCCUCGGCUUAAUCAAACCCCUGGUCGAGUCGCUCGGGCUGGACAAAUGGAUUGGCGGGCGUGCUGUCCUGAACGUCCCUAACAGAGGGCCAGUGGAAGCGGAAGACGGAUUUGCGAUUUAUGCCACGCGAUCUGUUGCGCCUUCCAGGGAUGGUUCCUUUCCCAACCCUACCUUCUACGGUGCCCACAAGUACCAUGAGAUGGUCGUUCCGUCGCCGACUCUAGGCGAUUUACGGAUGAUUGUUAACUCGAAGUUCCAGAGGCUAUCGGGUGCCGUUGCGAGGCUCCUGAUUGCCUUGUGGGAGGCUGUCGUUGCCCUAGGUAAGGCUACCCCGACUCGCAGCAUCGGUUUGCGCGAACUGCUGAAGCUAUGUAUCCGAGUUGACAAACUCAUUCCGCCAUCACACCAAUCCAUGGAUGUCGAUGUGGAUUCUGGCCAAACUCUCACGCUGUCGGAUAUCUUCCCGAACCCCACCUUUCGGGAAGACAUGUACCUCGAGGCGCGCGACGUGUUUUUUGGCUCAGGCGCUACCACUGCAUCUGCACGCGCUCAUCUGGAUGCUGUUGCUGCCGUUGCUGCGGAACAUCUUGGGCUAUCGCCGGAGAGACGAGACUGGAUAUUGCAAAGCCGCACCCCCGAGUUUGAAGUGGAGAAGGACGUCAAUGGCAAGACUAUCGCAGUGCGCAUCGGACGGACGCGCCUGCGUGCAUACAAGGCCUCUAGCGAGAUCACACCCGCUAUCGCUCGGCCGUUUGCGAUGCAUAGGCCUGCGAUAAUGCUGCUCUCACGCAUUUCUACGGCUGUGUCCCUCAACGAGCCGGUUCUUCUUACGGGUGAGACAGGAACGGGGAAAACGAGUACGGUUUCCCGUCUUGCCUCUCUCCUUCGCCAGCCGCUUGUCUCUUUGAACCUCUCGAACCAGACUGAAUCGUCUGAUCUCCUGGGUGGGUUCAAACCCGUCGAUGCGCGUGUGCCUGGAUCAGAGCUACAGGCACGAUUCCUAGAGCUCUUUGGCGGCACAUUCAGCAAGAAGAAGAAUGCGAAGUUCGAGGAGUCCGUCAGGAAAGCUGUUCAAGAGAGCAAAUGGAAGAGAGCCGUAGGACUUUGGACGGAGGCGGUCAAGUUGGCGAAGGCCAAGAUACAAACGAGAAUAGCGGAAGAGGAAAGUGCGGAACACAGCAGAGCAGCAGGGGAGGCACCACGCAAACGACGGAAAGUUAAUGAGUCAAAUCUCAGCACUUCGGAAGCUCAGUGGAGUAGUUUCGAACGCGACGUUCAGGCCUUCGAGGUACAACAUGUGCAGAGCAAGAGCAAAUUCGCAUUUUCCUUCGUUGAAGGACCGUUGGUUAAGGCAUUACGUUCUGGCCACUGGAUCUUGCUCGACGAAAUAAAUCUUGCAAGCGCUGAGACGCUUGAGUGCAUCUCGAGCCUUCUACAUGGUCCAACUGCAUCCGUAACGUUGACAGAGCAGGGCUCCUUAGAGCCUGUCCUUCGACAUCCCGAUUUUCGCUUGUUUGCAUGUAUGAACCCGGCGACGGAUGUUGGCAAGAAGGAUCUUCCUCCGAACAUACGAUCAGCAUUCACUGAGAUCGAUGUCUCACCUCCUGAUGCCGAUAAGGAGACCUUGCUCAGUAUAAUUACGCAGUACAUCGGAUCGUGCACGGUGGGCGAUAAAGGCGCGAUCAUGGACAUCGCAGAGUUCUACACUGCUGUCAAACAGUUAGCGGAAGAUCGUCAGAUUGCGGACGGCACCAAUCACAGGCCACACUACAGCAUGCGCACUCUGGCUCGUGCUCUCACCUUCACUGCCGAUAUGGCCAGCAUGUAUUCCUUGAGACGGGCGCUGUGGGAGGGGUGCCUGAUGACAUUUACGAUGGUCUUGGAUACUCCGAGCGCUGCUGCUGUUACUAUUCUAGCGCGAAAGCAUGUUCUCGCCGGUGUGCGCAACGCGGGUUCGCUCUUGUCCCAAGAGCCUCCUGCACCGAAGCCUGGGGAUGCGUUCAUCAAAUUCGGUCCUUUCUGGCUAGAGCGUGGUCCGCUCCUGCAGGAUCCAGUCGAUGACUACAUAAUGACACCUUCGGUGGAAGUGAAGGUUAUAAAUCUAGCUCGAGUCAUCGCAGCGAAGCGGUUCCCAUUAUUAAUAGAAGGGCCAACAUCUAGUGGAAAGACCAGCUCCAUCGAGUAUCUUGCCAAACGGACCGGCCAUCGUUUUGUUCGCAUCAACAAUCACGAGCAUACCGAUAUUCAAGAAUACCUAGGAACGUAUGUUUCGGAUGCAGUAACGGGGAAGUUAGUGUUCAAGGAUGGGUUGCUGGUGCGUGCCCUGCGCAAUGGCGACUGGAUAGUGUUGGACGAACUCAAUCUUGCUCCGACGGAUGUUCUCGAGGCCCUCAAUCGCCUGCUUGACGACAAUCGCGAACUUGUGAUACCGGAAACGCACGAGGUAGUAAGGCCACAUCCGCAUUUCAUGCUAUUCGCUACGCAGAACCCUCCUGGACUAUAUGCAGGACGGAAAGUACUAUCUCGUGCAUUUCGAAACAGAUUCCUCGAGAUUCACUUCGAAGAUGUGCCACAGGCCGAGUUGGAGACUAUUCUCUGUCAGCGUUGUCGCAUCGCCCCGUCAUACGGACAGCGAAUUGUGGCUGUCUUUCGCGAGCUGCAGAAGAGACGCCAGUCAAGUCGGGUUUUCGAGAGUAAACACGGCUUUGCCACGCUUCGAGAUUUGUUUCGAUGGGCUGGAAGAGACGCGUUGGACUAUGACGAGUUGGCAGCAAACGGUUAUAUGCUUCUCGCAGAACGCGCCCGUCGAGAAGACGACAAGGCAAUUGUGAAGGAAGUCAUUGAAACCAUCAUGAAAGUCCACAUCGAUGAGCGAAGUCUCUAUGACUUCCACCAGCCACACCGUGACCUCCCAGUGUUCCUUGGAUGUCCUCUUCCUCCGCCAGGUCAAGUGGUAUGGACGUCGGCAAUGCAGCGUCUUUUUGUCCUCGUUUCUCGGGCUUUGCGGUUCAAUGAACCUGUUCUACUCGUUGGAGAGACCGGUUGCGGGAAGACAUCUGUAUGUCAGCUGUACGCCGAGACAGUCUCGCAGACACUACGGACCGUUAACUGCCACCAGAACACCGAAACUGCGGAUCUGAUUGGUGGAUUGCGUCCGGUCCGCAACAGGGCGGCAUUGGAAAGCGAGACGGUCCGUGAGACAGUAUCGAUACUCGAGCGAUACGGGAUUGCAAAUGCGGAAACAAAUAUCCAGACACUGAUUACCACCGUCGAUCGGAUUGUCAAGUCCAAUGCUCACCAUGCCGCAGAAUUGAGCUCUUUGCAGGAAGUUCUUGCGAAGCUACAACGUCUGUUGGCGAUGUUCCAAUGGCGCGACGGCCCCCUUGUUGAAUCGAUGCGGAAUGGCGACGUAUUUCUCCUGGAUGAAAUCUCACUGGCGGAUGAUUCCGUUCUGGAACGUCUUAAUAGUGUGCUUGAGCCUGAACGUACCAUCGUUCUUGCGGAACGCGGCGGCGACACACUUGAGUUGCCUUGUACUAAGGCAGCGGAUAACUUCAAACUUGUGGCUACCAUGAAUCCAGGUGGCGAUUACGGCAAGAAGGAGCUGUCGCCGGCACUGCGGAACAGGUUCACGGAGAUUUGGGUACCAUCUGUCACGGAUCGAAAUGAUCUCGAGUGUAUUGUCGACAGCCUAUGGCGACAUGCGCCCUUGAGAGACUACACGGGACCCGUUUUGGACUUUGUGGAGUGGCUCUGCGCCCAGGCUAAUGAUCGCUCUAUCCUCAGCCUGCGCGAUGUUCUGGCGUGGGUCAAUUUCUCGAACGCCACGUAUCAUUCCUAUGGACAAGAGUGUAUGCCCCCUAACGAGCUCUUUCACCACGCAGCGAACAUGACGUUCCUCGAUGGUCUGGGUUCCAUGCCUCAGUUCAACUCAUACUCACGGAACGCGUUAGAAUUGCUCCGGAGGAGGGCGAUAGAGAAAGUACAAGACUUGGCGCCGCUUACGGAUUCUGCAGAGUAUACACCUUCGUUCGAUUCCGCGCUUCGUGUGCAGCUUGGAUCCUUUUCCAUCCCUCGAGGACCGAAGGAUCCUACUCCUCAGCAAUUCAGCCUCCAAGCUCCAACUACCCGCAGUAAUGUUCUACGCGUAGUGAGAGCAUGCCAAUUACCGAAGCCUAUCCUGUUGGAAGGAAGCCCCGGAGUUGGUAAAACAAGUCUAAUCGCUGCUUUAGCAAACAUCUGCGGAUACAAUCUGUGUAGGAUUAACUUGUCAGAUCAGACCGACCUUGUCGAUCUGUUCGGCUCAGAUCUUCCGGUUGAAGGCGCAGAAGCAGGGCAGUUUACUUGGAAGGAUGCAGAAUUCCUUCGAGCGUUGCAGCAGGGACAUUGGGUACUACUCGACGAAAUGAACUUAGCCCCGCAAGCUAUCCUUGAAGGUCUAAACGCAGUGUUGGACCAUCGAGGGACUGUCUACAUUCCCGAGCUCGGGCGUUCAUUCACUCGGCAUCCCUCUUUCCGAAUCUUUGCUGCGCAGAAUCCAUUACAUGAAGGUGGUGGUCGUAAAGGCCUGCCUAAAUCAUUCCUGAACCGCUUCACGAAGGUCUAUGUGCAAGAGCUUAAUCCACAGGAUUUACUACUAAUUUGCCAGAAGUUGUUCCCGCACUGCCCUGUGGAACAACUGGAAGGAUUAAUUGCUUAUACCUGCCGUCUCAACGAGGAGGUCGUUCUCAAGCGAUCCUUUGCUAGAGAAGGUGCACCAUGGGAGUUCAACUUGCGCGAUGUGAUUCGUUGGGGUACAUUACUACGGCAUUCAACCACGAGAAAUUAUGCGGCCCAGUAUCUCCCUACCAUUUUCCUACAGCGCUUCAGGUCUGAUUCUGACAGGGAGCAAGCACGAUCGCUUUUCGACAAUAUCUUCUCUGAUACACCCAGGAAAGACGCAACGAGGUUAUCCAUUUCACCAUCAUUCCUCCAGGUGGGACAGUUCUUCGCAUCUCGACAAGGUGUCUCUCGUGGUCGUCGCCCAGGUCGGAUACUCCAAACGCAUCUGACUGCCUUCGAGUCCGUGGGGAUUUGCCUGGAGAAUAGCUGGUUGACGAUUCUUACCGGACUGCGCGACAGUGGUAAGACAGCCUUGGUGCGACUGGUAGCUAAUAUGUGUGGCAGGGACCUUCAAGAGAUAUCCAUCAAUAAUGCAUCCGACACGACCGACAUUCUAGGCAGCUUCGAGGAGGUCGAUAGCAAUUACCGUGCAACUGCCAUCGUGAACGAUAUUAUCUCCCUGUUGGAUCAAGUAUCCAGCUCAUCUAGUGGGUCCAAACUUCACGUGUUUGCUGACUACAGUGCUUUGAAGAGGGCGACACGAGAUCGCCGGAUGGUGCACGCCUUUCCAGAAGUAGCCAAUCUCGCAUGCUCCCUUCUAGACAGGCUUGAAGACUUACCUGAGCCGUGGUGUACUCAGCGACGAAUACUUCGGGCGGACCUGAAGGCGAUAUCGCAUGGCGGCUCCGGAAGGCUGGAAUGGGUUGACGGCCCUCUCGUCCAUGCUUUGAGAGACGGUCACUGGCUUUUGCUCGACGGAGCAAACCUGUGCAGUCCUUCGGUUCUAGAUCGUCUGAAUUCCCUCUGCGAGGCUAAUGGUACUCUCACAUUGAACGAGAGGGGUCAAGUGGACGGCCAAGUGCAAGUUAUAAAACCCCAUCCGAAUUUCAGGUUGUUCAUGUGCGUCGAGCCCCAGUACGGGGAAUUAUCCAGAGCCAUGCGCAACCGAGGAAUUGAAAUCGCCCUUCUGAACACUUGGACCGAAGAGGACCGCAUACGCAUCAUGGACCACCUACGCCUUCCUGUCGUGUUUUCUGUGUUCUACCCCGACGUCAAAAAAUCUUCGAUCCAGUAUGAGCUAUUACGGAGAGGAGCAAUCACAGCUCCAGCGGCAUCUGCUCAACUCCUUGAUUCUAGAUGGCCUGCCCGCGGACUCUCCAGUAAUGACAGCGCUGUUUCCCUGUUAAUCGAUCUGGCUCCUUCGCUGCAACUAUCUUCGUCCAUGUCGGUACUGGAUUGUCAUGCUGCGGCGAAUUUUAUUAGCAGAAACCUGGUACCAGCUUAUCUGCCCUAUGUCUCACGCUUCCUCCAUGCAAGCUUCGCUUCCAUGAAUCCUCUUCUUCAAACAAUAUUGCAUAGCUUCUCUCAAUCUCAAUUACUCGGAAAGAUUUUGAACCAGAGAGGAAGGUUGCAUCGUUUAGGAUUACCGUACGAAUUUCUUGCUGUACAGCCGAUACCCUUCGAAGCGAAGUCACUGCCUCGUGCACUAUACAAGAGUGAGAUGGCCAAGAUCCCGUUUGAUGCAAUUCCCCGUGCAUUACGUGUGGUCAUUGCCCUGCACUUUGAGAAAGAACGUGCGAAGAAGAGGUCAGCCGAACAGAGCGCAGAAACCGGACGAGCAUCGAGACGACCCAUCGAGAAUGUCGGAAGAACACGCGCAGCAGAAGAGGCCAGAUUGUUGUUGCAAGCUGUUCGUAUCGCGACUCAGGACGUACUCCAAUCUUUCUAUGACGAAAGCGAGCCAACUGUACAGGCCGUCUUGGAUCUCACUUUGAAAUUGCUUUAUUACUCUCGCCAUUUAGCAACAGCUUUGCUGGAUACAUCAUUCAAUUAUUCCGUUGUUCAAGUCGUUGUCCGGUGGUUCAUCGAUGCACUGACUCUCCAUUAUCAUCACUUUGCACAGGUCGAGGCACAAGCGAAUGCCCUAGCGGAUGCGGUGGCACUUACCUCUGGUAGCGGUUUGACAGAGAUAUGGACUACGUUGACGAGCAACAGUAUGAACGAAGGUCGUAUGGCCAGAGUGUUUGAUGCGGAAAAGUUGAUGGACAAACUGUUGGAUCCAACUUCGCUCGAGCGUCGGUCACAGAUGCUUCAAGUUGCCGCAAUCUGGUGUAAUUCAGGCGUUGCAUCCAAUGCUGAACAACGCGAUGCGAUCCGGCUGGCAGAACGAUUGGAGAAGUGGUUUUCGAUAUCCCCGGGCAGUGUAGUUGAACCCAACGGCGCCGAGGUCACUCAGGUUGGGUUGACGUUCCUCACGAGUGAACUUUCCGCGUUGCAACGUGUUCUAUGUCGCGAACCUCUAAACGGCGAUUUAGUUGAGAAACGCCGCAAAUCCUUGAACGAGUUGUUGGAUCUCGGCCUCCAGAGCCUCAAUACGCCUCUGUCGCACCUCCUACCGUAUCAAUAUCUUCUCUGGGCAACGGACGAUCGAACACCUGAGGUGCAUCUGUCAUUUGUUGCUAUGGCGCACAAACAAUGGCUGCACGAGAUUUGGAAUAUAUCUUCAGAUCUCAAGGUCGACGGACCAUCUCACUUGUUCAUCCCAAUUGAGUUACAUGGCACGCUUUGUGACUGUGACUCAAACCACAAGUCAUUGCAAUCGCUUGCGCCUUACGAGCGAGCACUAUUACUACGGUUAAGGCUUUUCUCGACCGAUCUCACCGACCCCUCGGCAACUCGAGCGAGCCAAGUGACGAUGCUGCUCGUACAGACCAUCACAAUGAUCUGUUACUGCUUUCCAGAAGCAGGUGGUGGAAAUGAACAGCACGCUUCUUGUGCAUUUCACCAGCCGAUCUCAACUCUUCUUACGAUACUGGAUGAGAGCACGCAUCUGGGAUUCAAGAACGCAUACAGAAAACAUCUCCGUCCUGUCUUCCUUCGGAUGUCUGGUUCCCAUGACGCGCCGUCUAUCUCAUUAUCCGAUUUAGGUCGAUGUUGGAUUGCUCUGUCCGAAUUCCUUGUGGAAUUGUAUGUGCCCAGUUCACCCAUAGACCCUGCUGCCCUUCGACGCUGCCGGCAUGACUUCUGGGAGGACCAGUUCGCAAUGUUUUCUUUCGAGAAAGAAAUGUAUACGCAGUACGAGGCACGCGUAAUCAAACAGCCGACAGGGGCAGCAGAGAUAUAUCUGGAUUCACUGUUGCUGGAAGCAGAGAAGAACCGCGUAGAAGAUUUCUCGGAGGGCCAUGUGGUUAGGCGCAACGUCACCCGUCUACACGCCUACUGGGCAGAGGUCUCUCAAUUCUUGUCGCAUGUGAUCCCUCCUGCCAAGGUGGACGCAAUUGUUCUGGCUUUGAUGACUAGAAGUUCUCAUGCUUUGGCCAGAGAACAAGUUGUUCAGGAAUCUCUCACAUCCUUCUCUCAACGUCUCACCACAGCGUAUCCGGAUUACACGGAUGUCAGCGGACCAUUACAACUUGCUCUCCUUUCAAUGAAGCUUGGCUUGCGUCUAGUCUUAGACGAUCUUACACAUUCUGACGGCGACGUUGAUGAUGCCCACCACGUCAAUGCCCUCGUUGCUUUCCCUUCAGUGCAGAGCGCAAAAUUACUGCGCGAAAGUUCUGGAGUGUCUCACAACUCUGCGCUUGGUCCGCUGUUGGCGAAUUUCGCAGGAGUCACUCUAGAAGUUUCAUUGGGAGUCGAUCUGCAGACUCACAUGCAGGUCAUAGAGACAAUUUACGAACAGGCUUUUGGCCUGUGGCUCAUCGAUCGAGCUAGGAACGAAGAUAAGGACCGCGAAGCUCAGUCUCUUUAUCGCAAGCCUGGGAACAGUGCUGUCACAGAGGCCGAGAUGGAAGAACAGGACUUCUUGGAGAUAUUCCCUGAUUUUGAAAAUGCCUUGGAGCAGGAGGUAUCAUCCGAUCCAUCGAUUGAAGAGAAGAAAAGCCCACUCCUUGAUGAAGCCCAAGUCACGAGCCUUUAUCGUCUUCAUGAACUGCUUCUUGACCUUUCGUUGUCUCACCGAUCCGUAGCAGACGUUGCCUCGCAUUUCAUCCGAAUUCGAAGGUCUCUAGUGGCUUCCAUGCUUCAUGUCGGGAUAGCGUCCCUGCCGGAAAGUCUAGACCAGCGAAGUCGUCCAUUCCAGAUAGCCCUAUUGCACGACCGGCUGUCGGAGCUGCGUACUAAAUCUCAUGCAAAGGAAAAGCCCUAUGACUUUUAUCUCGACAGUAACAUUCCUGAAAUUCAGAAAGCCUUCCGAGUGUUGGAAGCUUUGCGUACCCGACUCGAUUUGCUCAUUCAGGAAUGGCCCGAUCAGAUGGUCCUGCGACAUUUACAGACUCGUUGCGACAGCAUCAUGAGCCUGAGUCUCACUAAUCCUGUUGCAAAGAUCCUGACCGCAUUGGAGCAGCUCCUGCUACAUACCGAGGACUGGGAGAAGUACAGCAACCGGGAUAACAGCCUAAAGGCACACCGGCAGAUCUUAACGGAGCUCAUCGUGGACUGGCGACGUCUAGAGUUGGCUUGUUGGCAGGACUUGUUGCGAACUCAAGCACUCUCUUUUUCAAAUGGAGCGUUUGAGUGGUGGUUCCAUCUGUAUGAAGCUGUUGUUCAGGGCGUCAUCACUGCAGCUCAUGAAGAAGAAGAAGAAGCAUCUGAUCGAUCGACCGAUUAUUUCGACAAGCUUGUUCCUCUAUUAGACGACUAUGUCACCCGCAGUCCGAUUGGCCAAUUCGAGGCCCGCUUGCAGCUACUCUCCACCUUCGAGGUGUACAUUGAUAAUAUUAUCCCUACGAAGGCAAUUCGGGCGUUAAAGGCUCUUCGACGCGUCCAAUGCAUCUUGCAAUCCACUAUCUCCUACUACAGUCAAUAUUCAGGCAACAUUUCGACAGCUCUGAAAGUUCAACGAGACAAGUUGGAGAAAGACAUGCGAAACGAUAUCAAACUUGCUAGUUGGAAAGACGUCAAUGUCCACGCGUUGAAACAAAGUGCUCAGCGGACACAUAGACAAUUGUACAAGUGUAUCCGAAAAUUCCGUGAUGUGCUUCGCCAGCCUGUCAGCGAAUAUAUGCAACCGGCCUCUCAGGAACUCGGGGCGUCGCAUUCGCCCUCUGUGAAGCAUGGAUUUUCUACUGUUUUGCAGAGACCAAGUGUUUCGAUCCACGCCUUUCCCUCUGCUUCAGAUCUCCCUCAGCAUCUGGCGAACCUGGACAGAACAUUCAGCAAUUUCGAGAUGUUGGUGACUGGUCGUGUCAACUCUCUCAUCGGGUCAUACUCUCCUAUUGCUAUGGACGGCCUCGCUACCGAUAUCAUCACGGUCUCAAAGUCUCUAGCAAAGCUGUCGGUCCCAGCUAAUCUGGCGCCGGCGCAACGCGAGAAACUGUCGAAGUCCUUCAUGCUACGAAAACGGAAAGCCUGGAGCGACCUGCUAAAGGAGCUGAAACGUGUGGGUUUUGCAUCAAACAUGAGGCCGCGCGUUUUGGAACAACAAGCAAGUCUACGUUGGCUCAGAGAACAGCCGCAGAUGACGUCGUACACACACCCACUAUCAUCGGCGGAGAAGGGAGAAGAAUACUUGAACCGCCUGGUGAGCACAUUCCCAGUUUUGAGGAUGCUCCUUUCUAGCCAUCACGAAGACGUAUCAACUCGAGAAUUGCAACGAGGAAUAUUGUUGCUCGAAUCGGGUUUCGAGUUUGCAUUGGGUAGUCGAUCAUGCGUCAGCAAUACGCUUCACGCGUAUAAGGAACUCAAGAACGUGGUAUCGCGCUGCCACAUGUUGCUAUCCUCCAAAGUGGUCUCGUCUGGUUCCGAAAUGAUGUCCCGUAUCACGAACGUAAAGGAUACAACGUGUAAAUUGACUCAUGCUCUAAAUGAGACACUAGGUCAUUUGCGGGACUACGAGAUUCACCAGCCUGGUACAGUCAUCCCUUCGGUGGUUCUUCAGGAGAUCGAAGAAUCGUCGAACACUUCCAGGGACUUUUCACGUGUGUUGGGCACAAUCGUUCAGCAUAUGCGCUUAACAGAAUGUCCGGUGCUACUAGAAGGUGAACGUGCUGUCUUAUCUCAAGCGAUGGAUCAUAUCACUUCGACCAUGGACAUGCUUCACAGAUGGUCUGAAUGUGGACACCCCGUUGACUAUUUCGUAGUGCCCGUCGUCGAAUGGUUAGAAGGAUGCCAACUUCUGCCCACUCCUGAGGCAACUCAACGACACACUACCGACAGCACUGGAUCAUUAAUAACUACUCUUCUUGUCAACAUUCAAGCAGUCUUGUCUCUUCCUCUGAAUACCUCUCUUGAACCUCCAUCAGAUUGCAGGGAACAUUUCAUUCGAGAAGAGCACCGUGCUCUCAUUCAGAUCACCCGCUUACUUGGACUCGAAGACGUGUUGGAACAAACUACUACAAUUUUUGGGGAACUCCUUGCAUGCCCUCCAGAUGAGCAACGGGAGAGAAUAUCCCGCAUACUCCCAUUCCUGGAUCGCUAUGUCGAACUGGCUGAAGUCCAUCUAUCCAACCACUGUGAAUGGACUAAGGCCCUCCUCAAACUCGAUUACGUUAUUUGUUCAGUUAUGCGAACGGUUGCCAAGGAAGGUUUCUGCAAACCUCCCGAUACGGAAGAAGCUGGGCCAGGCGAGGAAGGAGCUGAGCGAGCCGGUGGAACAGGACUAGGAGAAGGUACCGGCGAUGAAAAUGUCAGCAAAGAGAUUGCAGAGGAAAGUCAAGUCGAGGGCAUGCAAGGAGAGGACGGAGAUGCAGACAAAAAAGUAGAAAGAGCAGAGGAAGGAAACGCGGUGGAGAUGAGUGAAGAUUUUGACGGUCAAAUGGAGGACGUCCCAGAAAAUGAAUCUGACCAGGAGCAGGAAGAGCAGGAUGAUGAGGAGGCUCCGGAAGAGCAGUUGGGCAGUUUGGACGCAACUGAUCCGUCCGCCAUCGAUGAAAAGCUAUGGGGAGACGAAUCGGGUCCUCGAGAUGCGCAGAAUCGUUCCAAAGCUGACCAAGACCACUCGACCCGACAACAAAGUUCCGAUGUCGUAGCCAAAGACGAACAAGAGAGCAUCAAGCCUCCCGCACCACAUUCUCCCAAGACAGGUGGUGAGCAACAAAUGGAAGGAACAAUGGAAGAGACUACAGAGGAAGAUGCAGACCAGGAAGACAAUGGCGAUAAUGGGGCACCCAUGGAUGACUAUAUUCAAGAUGCGAAUACUCUGGAUUUACCUGAAGACAUGAAGCUCGAUUCUGCACAGGACGUGCCAGAUGCCGACGAUGAUGAUAUUAGCAUGGAUGAUGCAGUGGAGGAUGCGGAAGAUACGCGCGAAGAUCUAUCCAGUGGUUCUCCGGAAGGGGAAGAUGAACCAAUAGACGAAGCUGCCGUUCAAGCGCAGGUGGAUGACAGUAGUCCUCCAGCAGAUACUCGUGAGGAUGAAGAAACUGCCGUCGCCCAGCCAGAUCUCCAUACAGAUGCAGGGGACGGGUCAGACAAGGGAGACUCACAUGGAGGAGCACGAAGCGAAGGAGCAGCACAGAAUGAGACUUGCGAUGCCACUAACGGUGGAGCUUCCUCGACUGAAACGUCGAAAGGUGAAAUUGGCGCUUCCCCGUACGAUGAGACAAUAGAAAGCCAGCAUACUGUCGAACAGCAGACGUCCAAAGGCCCGGAGAGCAACGAUUGUCCUACAGGGGUGGACGGUAACGCCGAUUCCGCUGGCACAAGACAAGGACUCGUCCCCUCUUCUGUAUCCGGGCCGCAUUCAUCAUCCAAUGCUCGACGUAGCCUUGGUGAUGCAAUGCGGGAGAUCAUUCAGCGCUUCGACGAAAUCAUUGACGCAGAGGACUCAUACGAUCAGAAGACGGACGAGAUGGAUGCGUCUAGUGCACCUCAGCUAGAGUAUCUGCAGGCCGAUGACGACAGUCGUCAGAUGCAAGCAUUAGGCCCUGCGCGUCAAGAAGAGGUCGCCAAAUUGAGUGAACUCAAGUUCACCGAUGCCAGUAAUCAGACCGAGAACAUUGUCUUACCCCCGGAGGGCGAACUUGACGUGCCGAGUGUCCAUGAACAGCAGCGCCCACAUCCAAUGCCUCUGUCAGAUCCCCGGCCCGUAGCGGGAGCGGGCGAUGGUGUGGAGAGCGCACUUACUCGACAUGAGAUCCUCUCGCAGCUUUCUAGCGAACAUGUCGGGGAAGACAAAGCUGCUGUGCCUAAUCUGGAGGUGUCGACGGAACAUCAUGUACCGGACGAUACUUCAGAAAAUGUCGAGGUCCGUUUGCGAGCGUGGCAAGCGGAAGGUCAGCCUGAUAGCAGCGCCCAGGACAUCUGGCGGUGUUAUGAGUCCUUGACUCACGAUCUAUCCUAUGCGCUCUGUGAGCAGCUACGUCUUAUCUUGGAACCAACCCUGGCGACCCGGCUGAAGGGUGACUAUCGCACCGGGAAGCGGCUGAAUAUGAAGAAAAUCAUCCCCUACAUCGCCAGCGAGUUCACCAAGGACAAGAUUUGGUUGCGCCGUACCAGACCUAGCCAACGAGAAUACCAAGUCCUCAUCGCACUCGAUGACUCCAAGUCCAUGGCGGAAUCACAUUCCGUUCAUUUGGCAUAUUCGACACUGGCGCUUGUUUCACGGGCGCUAGGACGUUUGGAAGUGGGCGAUAUCGCUAUAGCCAAGUUCGGAGAGUCGGUGGAUAUUCUUCACAGCUUUGAAGGCGGACCAUUCACAGACCAGGCCGGUGCAAAGAUCAUGACUGCGUUCCGUUUCGAUCAGAAAGCAACUCAGGUCCUAUUACUCGUCGAGAACAGCUUGCGGCUACUGCAGGACGCUAGAGAACGGCGGUCCAUGAUGUCCUCGUCUGCGUCUGACCUCUGGCAAUUGGAGAUUAUCAUCUCUGAUGGUAUUUGCCAAGACCACGAGCGUCUGCGUACCGUGCUGAGAAGAGCGGAGGAACAGCGUGUCAUGAUCGUCUUCAUUAUCCUCGACUCACUCCAUACCAAGGUCUCUUCCACUGGGCAGGGAGGCAGCGGCAACUCCAUCCUGUCCAUGAACCAAGUGGCUUACAAGACGGUGAACGGGCGAAUGGAUUUGCACGUGGAACGGUACUUAGACACCUUCCCGUUUGAAUACUACUUGGUGCUCAGGGAUGUGGAAGCUUUGCCGGAGGUGUUGUCGGGGACAUUGAAGCAGUUUUUCGAGAGGAUUUCGGAAGAAUGA